UGUAUUUUUGUCUCACUUGCAUUUUUAAGCUUUAAAAUUAUUUGAUUAUCGUGAAUGGUUGACGUAUUAUAUCAUCAUAUCAUACAUCAUUACCAAACGUAUUAAUGUCAUUACAAGAAUUGAAGAGUUUAUCUAAAUUGCUAGAUAACUCAUUGACGCCAUUGAAAGUUGUAAGUAAGGAAAACCUGAAGAAAUCUGCUUCUGCUAAACCAACAACUCCUACAGCAGAUCAUAAACUUAAUAAUCCAAAUAUUGAUAAUGAAGAUAUCUAUGAUCAUGAACGUGGAUUAUACAAAUCUAAGAAUGAUCCAUUGGAUUUCAUAAAGUAUCCCUCUAUGACGAAAGAGCUUUCCGAUCAGAAGCCAUGGAAGAAUGAUCCUCAUUAUUUCAAAAAGAGUUAUAUUUCAUCCUUAGCGUUAUUGAAAAUGACGAUUCAUGCUCAACGAGGUGGAUCAAUUGAAAUCAUGGGGAUGUUGGUAGGGAAGAUUAUAGAAAAUUGUAUUAUUGUGAUGGAUGUUUAUCCCUUACCUGUUGAAGGAACUGAAACUCGAGUCAAUGCUCAAGCGGAAGGAUAUGAAUAUAUGGUUCAAUAUCUUGAGUUUAAUAAACAAUUACCAGUUCAUAAAGGAGAGAAUAUUGUUGGUUGGUAUCAUUCUCAUCCAGGGUAUGGAUGUUGGUUAAGUGGAAUAGAUGUUGCUACUCAAGCUACUAAUCAAAAUUUCCAAGAUCCAUAUUUGGCCAUUGUGAUUGAUCCAUUAAAGACUUUACGUCAAAGAAAAGUUGAAAUUGGAGCGUUUAGAACCUUUCCUGAUAAUUAUACUCCAUCAAAAGCAAUGACGAGUAAAUUACAUGGUGGACCAAAUUUACCUAAAUCCAAGAGAAAAGAUUUUGGAGCUCAUUCUGAUAAAUAUUAUUCAUUGGAUAUUGAGAUUUUUAAUAAUAUAAAUGAUGAGAAAUUGAUUAAAGAGAUUUUAAAUAAUGAAGAUAAAACUUCGAUAAUAUGGUUGAAGAAUCUUAUGAUUAAUAAAUCAAGUGGGAUUGAUCAAUCAAAUGGAAAUCACGAUCAUAAAUGUAUUCAUGGAAAACUUGAUAAAGAUAGAGUUAUAAAAGGAGGGAAUUUACUUCAUAAUUUUGAUAUAGGAGAAAGUAAUGAAGCUGAUGAAAAUAAUGGAGAUGGAAAUCAAUAUCAGAAGAAUAAUUUAAAUUUAAUUAAAUUAAAUAAGAAAUUACUUGAUUUUGAUCAUGGUGAAAACCGUAAACUUGAACAUACAUUUGGUAAUAAAUUCAAUAAGCAAUUUGAAUAUAUGGUGAAGAGAGGGUUAUUACUAAAAGGUAAAUCAAAAGGAAUUACAUCACGAGGAGCUGGUGGAGGAGUUAAUAUUGAUAUGAGUGAAGAUUAUGAAGUAGAAGAAGAAGAUGACGAAGAUGUUGAUGAUGAUGUCCGUGACGACAACGACAAUGACAACGAUGAUGAAGAUGAUCUUAUGGAUGAGAGUGAUUUAGAAAAGGAAAGUCAAGGAGUGAGUGAUGAAGGUGAUGAUGAUGUAUUAUCGGUUGAAAGUGGUAGUGAUAUGAGAAUGAGUGAAGAUGCUGAAGAUCAAGAUAUGGAGAAGAAAUUAUUAAGAAGAAGUGUUAAUAGUGGUUUAACUUUAAACCUAGGUAGAAGAGAUAACCAUACCAAUAAACCAAGACGUGGUCCAUUAUUUAAAGAGAAGAGAAGUUCAUCAAGUGCAUUAAUGGGUGGACAACAAUCGCCAAGUUUAAGACGAUCAAUAUAUAGAGCCAGUGACGGAAGGGAAAAUAGUGCAGGUGAUUACUUUGGUCAAGAUAGGUCAUUUGGUUUUGGAUAUGAUUUGGGACAAAGUGGUGGUGGAAGUAGUAGCAAUAAUAAUAAUCGUGGUAGUGGUUUUCUGUUUGGUAGACAUGAACAUGAUAUAAAUAGUGGUAAUAAUCGUGUUAAUGGUUUUCUGUUUGGUAGAUCAGAGCAUGAUGGAGAAAAUGGUGGCGGUGAUAAUAAUCAAAAUUAUAGGGUUAGACCACUGAAUGGAGUUCAUAAUAAGAAAGCUAUUAAUUUUACUAGAUUAGCCAAACAUGUUGGACAACAAGAGAUUAAUCAAUUAAUUGUUCAAGAUAUUCAAUCAAAGUUAUUCUUAUAGGUAUUUGUAUAUAUAUAUAUAUAUAUAUAUAUAUAUA